AUGAAAGAGGUUUCCUCUAGUAGUGAGACUACUGCCCUCACACAGACUUUGAAUGAGGUGACUAACUUACUGAAGCAGAUAAAACAGAAUCAGCAACAACCUCAGUCUCCCCCAGCACAACAGAGUCGACAGUUGCUCCAACAAGAAGACAACACAGUGGCAGCUACUCAUAAUUUCUAUGACCGCCCGAAUCAAGGAUACUAUCAACAAGGCGGCAAUUAUAACCAAGGUGGAAACUACAAUCAAGGUUGGCAAGAUAACUCCAACCAGGAAUGGAGGGAUAAUUCCAAUCAAGGAUGGAGGGACAACUACAACAGAGGAGGCAGAGACAACAAUGGAAAUCAGAAGUGGAACAACAACACCAGACAGCAGAAUCAAAACCAGCCUUACAGACCACCUCACCAAAGACAAGCCCAAGGAUCUCAGAAUAACCAACAGCAAGGCCCUCAAGGCAGCUAUGCACCUUCCUCUUCCAAUGACGAGUUACUUCAGUCCAUUGACCUAAGACAAAAGACCAUGGAGAACACACUUAGCUCUACUUUGAAUGGUCUGACUUCUACUGUGCAAGUGCUAGCCUUACCGAUUGGAUCUAUGAAUACACCCAACAGUCAACCUGCAAGCUCUACUGUACUUUCGUCUCAACCUUUACCCAACCCCAAGGGAGGCAUCAAUGCCAUCAACUUGAGGUCAGGAACUACACUGCCAGAGCGAAGUCAUGAUGAACCAAGAUCAAAGGAGAACAUUUAG